UAAGAAAGAAAUAGUGGCACUAAGAAGAUGGACUAAUAAGAGAGAGGUAUGAGAUGAGGUAUCUAUGAGCAAUACCUAAUAGGGAGAAUAAACAAUGUAAAACAUACCUAACCUAACCUAAUAAAUUACCUACUUCCUAUAGUACCGGUUGACUAAGAGCGAAUAUAGUUGGCUAGAUUUAUCCAACCACUUUGCGGAAGUAUAUUUGGCGACAUCGUGGAAACGACCUAGCCUCUUAUCAGAGCGAAUAUGGUGACUAUCGGUGUUCUUGCUCUUCAAGGGGGCUUUUCAGAACACCUCAGCUCCCUUCGUAAAGCAGCUACUCGCGUAUCGACACCGUCAUCCAACUUCACCUUUACCGAGGUGCGAACCCCGGAGCAGCUGGCCCAAUGCGACGCUCUAAUCAUACCAGGAGGAGAGAGCACCACGCUGUCGCUCGUAGCUGCACAGUCCGGGUUGUUGGAACCCUUGCGCGAGUUCGUCAAAGUAAAUAAGAAGCCAACUUGGGGCACAUGUGCUGGCCUUAUUUUUCUGUCCGAACAAGCUAGUGCUGCUAAGAGAGGAGGGCAAGAGUUAAUCGGGGGACUCAAUGUCAAAGUCCAUCGCAACCAUUUCGGUCGACAGAAAGAGAGUUUCGUAACGGACUUGGAAUUACCCUUCCUAUCUCAGGGAAGCGAUGGUAAUCCGGCAACGGUAGCUCCUUUCCCAGCCGUCUUUAUUCGAGCUCCCGUCGUGGAUCAAGUAUUGACGGACGACAUCACAUCAGUCGACGGCGAGGCUGAAAACAUAACGCCAAAGGUCGCGACGCAAAGUUCCGGGAACCAAACUAAGGCUCCGAAAGGAAAGGUUGAGAUCUUAGCAACUCUCCCGGGACGUCACGCCUCAAACAAAGCUGCAGCGGCGUCGAUUGAAGGUACCGAUAACCAAAAAGAAGUCCCUAAAGGAGCAGGAGAUAUCGUCGCUUUAAGGCAAGAGAACGUGUUCGGAACGAGUUUCCACCCGGAGCUAACGGAUGAUAUUCGAAUUCACGUUUGGUGGUUAGAGCAGGUAGCGAAGUCGCACGAAUAGACAGAAGAACAGGAAUUGUUAAUGAAAUCUUGGGAAAGUCGGUACAGUAUUAUGUGCGUAUAUGUGAUGUGAGUAUAUUGUACUGUACGCCGGCUCCCCAAGGGACAUCUCGGAUCAGCUCUCUCCCUGAAAGCACAGAUAAGCCACGGUUUAUCCAGGAGCUAAGUUGAUAAUGUGAUGUGCUUAAGUUUGCGGGGUACGUGGGAGUGGGCAGCCAAGAAUGGGGGUUGUAUAGGUAGGUAGGUACCUUAUGUGUUCGACAGAUAUCUGAAAAAUUAGAUAAUUCUACGUCCAAUU